AUGCCACUAUUCCUUAUCAAAAUCUUUAAAAAAUUCCAAUAUCUUUUCUCGCGCGACAUUCAAGGAAUUCAAGCUAGAUUAUACGCUCAAAAUGGACAUUUGUUCAUUGAAUCGGCCUAUGAUCGUAAUAUUACUAUAAAAACCACAAGUUUUCGUGUGAAUGACUUGGAUUUACUACCAACUUUAGAAAAAGCCCAUAGAGCUCUAAAAACGGAGGAAUCAUUUCUAAGAAACUCAGAAGAGUAUGAUGACCGUUUAAACGUGAUAGAACAAAGACUUAUGGUCAUUGAUACAUCUAAAAUCGGAGGUGGUAAUUUUUCGAUAAUUCCGGAUUUUUCCGGUAGAAAUUAUAGAACCUUAAGAAGGCAAAUCACUUCCUUGAACAACCGAUUCAGGGAUAUGCUACUAAGAUUAUCAUUUGAUGAUUGCAAGAGCAAUCCGUGUAGAAAUGGCGGGAGUUGUACUGAUUUGUAUGACUCCUACUUAUGUAAUUGUCCAAGCAAUUGGGAGGGCACCAAUUGCGAUGUAGAUGUCAAUGAAUGCGCCAGAUUCGCUGGCACAGAUUUAGGAUGUCAGAACGGAGCUACGUGCGUUAAUAAACCCGGGACUUACGAAUGCUCUUGCUUGCCGAACUUUUAUGGCAUCCAUUGCACCAAAAAAACAGGCAGUUGCACUGAAGGUUCGACAGACAUGUGUGGUCAUGGUACAUGCGUACCACAAAAUAAUCAGAAUGGCUAUAAAUGUAUAUGUGACCAAGGUUGGAAAACUGACGGCACACAUCCAGGUUGUACUGUAGAUGUGGAUGAAUGUCUGCAAAGCAAUCGAGCGUGCUCAACAAACCCCAUGGUCAGUUGUAUAAACACUCCCGGAUCGUUUUCGUGCGGAUUAUGUCCUACUGGAUAUACAGGAAACGGGUUUUAUUGUACAGAUAUAAACGAGUGCGAGAUAAAUAAUGGAGGUUGCAGCGUUAACCCUUUAGUUCAAUGUAUAAAUACGCACGGAUCCAGAACCUGUGGUCCCUGUCCUCCAGGUUAUAUUGGGGAUGGGGGUCAAUGUCAAUAUAGAGGUGUAUGUAAUAUACUCAAUGGAGGUUGCCAUCAUUUAGCUUCAUGCAGGGAUAACUCAAGAAUCAGCGCAACAUUUGUGGAAUGUAUAUGCCCUGCGGGUUACUACGGAAACGGAAUGGGACCUAAUGGUUGUAUAAAGAUAGCGGGUAGUCCAAAUGAUCCCUGCACACCUAACCCUUGUAAGAAUGGGCAAUGCUCAGUAAGAAAUGGAUCGAGAUUUGAUAAUGAUUAUGUUUGUUUGUGCAACUUGAGAUACACUGGCCGUAACUGCGACAUUCUUAAAGAUCCUUGCGCUUCUAAUCCUUGUCUGAACGGCGGUACUUGUCAGAAUAGAAUUAUUCUUUUUAGGUGUACUUGUGCUCAAGGUUAUAGCGGAAGGAGAUGUCAAGUUGAAGAUCAAGCUUGCGGAGGUCGGUUGAAAUCGGCUGAAGGUAGUGGAGUUCUAAGAUACCCACCAAUCGAUUACAUAACAUACAAUCAUGGUGCUAACUGCGGUUGGACCAUAGAAACAAAUUCCUCUAAAGUGCUUAAGCUUGAUUUCACAAAAUUCAACUUGGAAUUCUCAAAAGGUUGUCGAUAUGAUUGGUUGCAAAUCUACGAUGGCCCUACUAGCGCAGCUCAUAGUAUUGGAAGGUUUUGUGGCAAAAAUUUUCCAAAUAAUGGUACAAUUAUUUCGACGCAUAAUGUUGUUUUUGUUUGGUUUCACUCUGAUAACACCAUUUCCAAUGAAGGCUUUCAAGUUAACUGGACUACCACAGAACCAGAAUGUGGAGGAGUCUAUGUGGUCAAGCAACAUGGUCAAAUUUCUUCACCGGGAUCACCCGGAAAUUAUCCUUUAAAUCGCGACUGCACUUGGUCACUAUAUGCCCCAAACAACAAAAGGUUUUUAUUUCAGUUCUUUUCGCUUAUGAUUGGUGAUAACUCCGAUUGCAGCCAUGAUUAUUUAGAGAGUGGCGAUAAAGUAUUCGGCAAAUUUUGCAACUCGACUCAACCAGCACCGUUAUAUUCACCUGGACGCUUUGCUGAAGUACACUUUUAUUCGGACAACAUUGAUAGUUAUCCAGGAUUUCAAAUAACGUAUUCAGUUAUAGAAGGUACGCCUGGUUGUGGUGGCGUAUAUACAUCAAACGUUGGCGAAAUAAACUCACCAGUAGUAGACGGACAAUACCCAAAUAAUAUGUACUGUGAAUACAACAUAAAGCAAAGUCUUGAUUCCAGGAUCAAAAUCACGUUUAUUAGUUUUAACAUUGAAGAUUCUAGGGGCUGCAAAUACGACUAUAUUUCGAUUCAUGAAGGUCCAGACACGAAAUCCCCGACAAUCGGCCGAUACUGCGGCACAACAUUACCAGCACCUUACACCACACAAAGCAAUGAAUUAACCAUUUUAUUCCGUUCGGACUCAGCUAAAACCGGUUCGGGUUUUCGCCUUAAAUUCGAGAAGGCUUGCGGAGGAAAAUAUUCCGCACCCACAGGUUUUAUUGAAUUUUCCAAUACAGACGCAGGUGUCACGUGUAUAUACGAAAUAAUUCAGCCCCCUGGAAACGUGAUUACGUUGGAGUUUAAUGGGGAUAUUAUUGAAAGAAGGAUUAGAUAUGGAUUUGGGAUGGAUGUUUUGGAAAUUAGAGACGGUGACAAUCCGAGAGCACCCCUCUUAGGUAAAUACCAAAGAGGUCCUAUACCUACAGCUAUAUCAACUCAUAACUACCUUUGGAUUUCCUUCAAAUCCCAGAAUGUUGCUACAGCAGGUUUCAGAGCAAACUACUCCACAACUUACGUUGGGUGUGGUGGUAUUUUAAGAGAUAAAGUGGGCACCAUAUCAUCGCCAAGUCACCCAACAGGUUACCCGUCAGAAAAAAAAUGUACCUGGAUGAUAUCGGCACCGGAGGGGCAUGUUAUUCAAUUGACAUGGGCACUUUUUCACUUGGAGCAUAGUUACAAAUGCAGCUACGAUAGCAUCACAAUAUAUGAUAAUAAUACAGGUCCUGGUUUGGGUGGGUUGAUGGGCAAAUAUUGCGGUAAUAUACCUCCCCCUACCAUGCUUUCAUCCAGUAAUUUAAUGACGAUUGUUUUUGAAACCGACCAAUCUAUUGCUAUGGAUGGAUUCUCUGGUACCUACACUUUCAUAAAUGAAAAUCACAUAUGCGGUGGUAGUUAUUUUACACCAGCGGGUAUCAUUAAGUCACCCCAAUACCCUGAUAAUUACCCCAUUGAGAAAAAAUGUAUUUGGAAAAUCACUGUGGAAAGUGGCAAUCAGAUUUUGCUUAACAUUACAGAUUUCUCUAUUGAGUCCUACCCAAACUGCAGAUAUGAUUGGCUGGAAAUAAGGAACGGUGGUUCUAGUUCGUCGCCGAUCAUAGGAAGAUACUGUGGCCAUAAUAUACCUAAAACGAUAUCGUCACAUUCAAAUCAAUUGUAUAUAGAAUUCAAUUCAGAUACUACUAAAACAGGUCACGGUUUUAAGAUAAUUUGGUCUUCCACUGCAACUGGUUGUGGUGGCUCACUUUUGUCACCUUUUGGUUCUGUGAUAUCUCCAUACUACCCCGAACCCUACAGCAGAAAUACCGAGUGUUACUGGAAGAUUGUUACAAGCGCUGGUUCAAGAAUUAGAGCCAUGUUUAGCGAUAUUGACUUGGAAUCGCAUAGCAGAUGUGGUUUGGACUAUGUACAGUUGUUUGAUGGUUUAAAAAUUAACACAAACUCGCUGGGAAAGUUCUGCAAACCUAUAGUAACUGGGACUUUUGUUGAUUCGACGAAAAAUCAAAUGUUGGUGAAAUUUAGAUCCGAUGUUAACAAUCAGGGAAGAGGAUUUCAGUUACAAUACUCGACAAUGUGCACUACAACAUUAACAGGGUUCAAUGGCGUAAUAGAAAGCCCAAAUUUCCCGAAUAAUUAUCCUGAUCACCAGAAUUGUGCUUGGACUAUUGAAGUGGCAAAUAAAAACAAUAUAAGCAUUACAUUCUCACAUUUCCAACUGGAAAAAGUUUUAAGGGGCGCAAAAACAAAUAGUUGUGGUUAUGAUUACAUAGAAAUUAGAUACAAAGAACUCACAGACAUUUAUGAUGAAGAUACAGCGGAAUUUACAUCUAUAGGAAAGUAUUGUGGUGACAAUAAUCCUGGAUUUAUUCAAAUACCCUCUCAUAUAGCCCAGAUUAAGUUUGUCUCCGACAAUGCAAUGUCAGCGUCAGGAUUUAGGUUGGAAUGGAAGUUGGAUGGCUGUGGAGGAAUUUUAAUAGACCCUACAGGCACUAUAACCUCCCCGAAUUAUCCAAAUGGGUAUCCAUCUGGUGUAGUUUGUCAGUGGAUAAUAGAAACUGAUUACGGAAAAAGUGUAGAAUUGACCAUAGAUCAUUUGGACAUCGAAAAAGAUAACCAGUGUGCCUAUGACUAUGUUAAAGUUUACAGUGGCAGAACUAAUACAAGCGCGUUACUAGCUACAGUGUGUCAUCAAAAUAAAAAAACAGUCGUUACCAGUAGUGAAAACUAUAUGUAUAUCUUAUUUUUUACGGAUUAUACAAACGUGCGGGGUGGGUUUAAGGCUAACUAUAAGGUUAUUGACUCGAAAUGUGGGGGUAAAAUAGUUGCGCCUCAGGGAUCAAUAUCGUCUCCAAAUUAUCCAAAUAACUACGAUAAAAAUGAAACAUGUGGUUGGUUAAUAGAAGUCGAUGAUCAACAUACAAUCCAAUUGGAGUUUGAUGAUCUUGAUUUAACAGCUUCAUGUUCAGAGAACUAUGUUAAGAUUUACGAUGGUCCCUACGAAUCCUACCCACUUCUUUAUAACGCUUGUGGAAAAAUAAAACCGAACAAAACGAUAGUAUCAACAUACAACCAAGUUUAUGUUGAGUUUUCAAGUCACUCUACUUUGUUUACGGCCAAAGGAUUUCUUCUAAAAUUCUUUAAAUCGUGCGGUGCUAGAAUCGUGACACAAUCCAGUGGUAAUUUACAAAUCAACAGUUUCGAAACCUCGGAACGCAUACAACAGAACUGUACUUGGACUAUUGUAUCCUUAAUACCCAGUCAGCAUAUUUCACUGACUGUGCAACACUCUGCGGAGUACUUCUAUAGUGUAGACAACUGUGUUGAUGAUAUGGAUUAUAAAAUGAUCAUUUAUGGGGGCGAAAGCGCUAGUUCCCCAUCAAUUUUUAAAUACUGCACUGGGACUUUACCUCCAACGAUAUUUAGCGAUGGAAAUGCUUUAACUAUUGUUACGACCACCAGUAACAAUUUUUUUGCGACCUAUUCCGUUUUUGAUAACCAAUGCGGUGGUUCACUUUUUUCCUUAAAUGGCCAAAUCGCAUCACCAGGUUACCCCAAAUCCUAUUACCCCAACAUUUCCUGCGAAUGGACUAUCGAAACUACACCAGGCAAUUCAAUCGGUUUAACAUUUUCGUACUUUGAAAUGCCGACUUCUGAUAACUGUAACAUAGAUUAUCUCGAGAUUAGAAGUUUUAACUCUUCAGGACCCCUUAAAGGUGUUUACUGUGGUAAAAAUAUACCCCCAAACAUUGACAAACACCAGGGUAACUUAUGGCUUUCUUAUAAAAGCAGUGAUAUAACUUCUGAGGGGGGUAAAAAAUUCAAAGGAUUUCUUGGCACUUAUUUAAUCAACACUGAUAAUGUUCUUACUGGACCUAGUGGCAUUAUUAGUAGUCCAUUAUACCCAAAAAGUGUGUACUCGGCUUGUUCUUACAAGAUAACAGUUUCUUCAGGAAAACGGAUUUUGAUUACAUUUAAGGAUAUAUAUUUAACCGAUUGUUGGCAGCUUGAUUCUGAAUUUACAAUUUAUGACGGUGAAGACAUAGAAAGUCCAGUACUGGGUACUUAUUGUGGUUUGGUUUCACCACCUCCUGUUAAGUCAACUUCAAAUGUAGUUUAUAUAUACUAUCCAAUGCCGACAACACAAGACACUAGGCUUCUUUUGGAAUGGUUAGAAAUAGAUGGGGAAAAAUCAAGACCAACGUCAAGAUUCAACUUAACAUCAAAUUGCGGUACAGAUGGAACUAUUGAUGUCCAUGCAUUGUCGUCUGUCCAAAUUGCUUCUCCACUGUUAUUAAGUUUUUCUCAGUUAAACAAAUGCGAAUGGCUGUUUUCAACCAUAGAAAAUAAUCACUUAAGAUUAACCAUUACGGAUUCCACAUCUAGAAUUAACCGUAGAAUAGAAGAUAGAGAUGCUAUUCUAAAUAUUCAACAAAUGACCUCUAGAUCAUGGAGUCAAUUGUUCGAUGGUAGAAUAAAGAUCAACCAAGUUAUCGACGGCACAAAUUUAAUGAAAGUUACCUAUUCCAUGUAUAACAUCCAGCAUUUAUUCACCAAGCAGUUUAAAUUUAAAGUGGAAGACGCUUGUGGCGGACAGUUGACUUCACCCUCUGGCUACAUUACCUUCGAUAAUACAACAAUUAGGAACACUAGCUGUACUUGGAACAUAACGGUAAGAGCUGGCCGUACCAUAAAGGUGACCUUCCUAAAAUUUAAUUUGGGUCGAAAAAGCGACCCUUGCACCAAUUAUAUAUUUCUAAGGAACGGCAUAAGUAUCGGCUCGCCGAUUUUGGGCAACGGAAAAUAUUGCUCCGAUUCGAAUCCCACUGAAUUCAGCACGACGAGUAACAGCUUCAGCGUGGCGUACUCAGGAUUAGCGAGCAGUAGUUUUAAGAUUAGAUACGAUGAACAUUCGGUGGAGUGCGGAGGCGAAUUGAAGUUGAAGGAAAGAGAUGAUUUUGUUCUAAUAAGUUCGCCGAAUUAUCCCAAUAUUCCUGUACCGCACAGUGAGUGCGAUUGGGUUAUAGUGGCUCCUGUUGGCGAAACACUCAGGGUUGAUUUUGUCGAACGGUUUGAUUUAGAAAGCACGAAAAAUUGUGUGUCAGAGUAUGUUCAACUAAACGACGGUGGGACAUCAUUAUCGCCUGUAAUAGAUAGAAUUUGCAAAGCCCCUCAACGUUCCUACUUUACUGAAGACUAUAUGCUACAUAUUAAAUAUUUUACUGAUAUUGAGAGACCCGGAAAUGGAUUUAAAGCAAACAUAUCGGUAGACGAAUGUGGUGGUACGAUUAGGGGUUUCUCUGGUGUUUUAAGUCACAGUGGUGUGACAAAUUCGGGCCGGCCAAGAAAUUGCACUUGGUAUAUUAAAGGUCCAUCCGAUCACUUUCUCUUGUUAACAUUUGAAAUGGUGGAUGUGGGUCCUAGGGUCAGCAAUUGUAGUGGUCAAAACAGGGUCAAUAUAUACGUACAAAGUUAUGUGACACAAAAAUAUAUUUGGGUGUAUACAUUUUGCGGAAAUAAAAAUGGUAUGCCACCAUUCCAGGCUACCGACAAUAUUAAAGUAGAUUAUAUAUCAACUAACCUGAAGCCUAACCAUAAAGGUUUUAAAAUAAGUUUUACUUCUAAAACACCUGAUUGCGGGGGGUUAAUUCAAUCCGAAAGCGGUGAAAUAUUAUCUCCAGGUUAUCCAGAAAAUACCCGCUAUCACAAAACAUGCCACUGGAUUAUUAAAGUGCCAAAAGGUAGAAGAGUAAGUCUAUUCAUCGCGGACUUGAAUAUCGACGAAGACGAAGCCACUAUGGUUGCAUACAACGGGGCGAAAAACGAUUUUGCAUACAAAAUAAAAGUUAUUUCAUCGAAUGAUCAAAACCAUAUGAUCGAAUCCAGUGAUAAUGUGAUGUCGAUAUUUUUCGAUAUGCCAGGAAACUCCAAUCAUAGAGGCUUUCAGGCUAAAUUUACUUCUGGAAAACCAACACUAUGUGUUGGCGACUUUAACCAAACCUCAGGCAUUCUUAAAACACCGAACGUAACUUUAUAUAACUGUGAAUGGGAACACCGUUCAGCUCCAGAAACAACUUUGGCUUUAACAAUCGACGCCAUUUCAAAUGACACAUCAUAUUGCUUCGAGAAAAAUCGCCACUUGCUGUUUAGAUUCAACAACGUAUUCUUAACUGAAUGCAAAACAGUGUCCAAGCGUAUAAUGCUCACGCCGUAUUUGGAGUCCAAGUUGGAAGUAAGAGGGACUCAGUAUAGGCCUUUUAACUUCACUGUUGCUUAUGAUACUCACAAAUGUGGAGGGUUAAGAUACCCAGGCUUUGAUGAACAGCCUUUUAUAACAAGUCCGGAUUAUCCAGCCAAGCCAGGCAAAAGUUUCGAAUGCGCUUGGUUAGUUAAAACGCCAUCCCAAGCAACGGUUAUGUUAGCUAUGGUUAAUUUUGAUCUGGGCUCGAAUUGUGAUAACCAUUAUAUGAUUAUAUAUAAUGGUCCAUCUCCAAAACAUCCUAAAAUUGGAAAGUACUGUAAAAAUAAUAAACCCACGACUUUAGUAUCUUCAUCGAAUGCUCUAUGGGUCGAGUAUCACUAUCAAAGUGGUUCGGAGGGUAAUGGGUUCAAAUUAACCUAUAGCCCAGUCAUAAAUGGUUGCGGAGGUGUUUUCCACGAUACUACAAGAAUUAUAGCAACACCAGGUUACACAAGCAACAAAAAUUACCCGGAUGAUGCAGAAUGUAUUUGGGAAAUCACUACGCCAAAACCUGGUUACUUCAUAAGAUUUACAUUCUUGGAUAGAUUCUUUAUAGAAGACACCACCGGUUGCACAGACGACUACGUCGAAAUUUUUGAUUAUUCUAACAAUAUAUGGGUUUCGAAAGGGAAAAAAUGUGGCAGACAAACACCACAAGAUGUAAUAUCCACUGAAGAUAAACUUAAAGUUAUAUUUAGAAGUGGUAACAAUAAAAUAACAGGGCAAGGAUUUAAGGCAAAAUGGAACUUACAUUGUGGAGGUGUAUUCCAAGCCACAGAUGCAUUACAAACUAUCACAAGCCCAGGAUAUAAUGAUCUACACGAAAGAACAUUAAAUUGCACCUACGAAAUCCACAGCCCGGGCAAAAUAAUCAACUUAUCCUUCAAAGAUUUUCAACUCGAAAGUUACUGUAGACAUGAAAACUUAACAAUCCAACGCCUGGGUUACAUGCCAAACCAAAUAACCUACUGUGGUUCUGAUAGCCCCGGAGACAUCAGACUAAAGGAUAAAAUUAUCAUUUAUUUUAAAUCAAGCCACACCACUGGUAAAAAAGGUUUUCAAUUCACCUUUAAAAAUGAAGUCUGCAUGGAAGAAAUUACCACAGAACAAUCAAUUAAAGCGCCCGAAAUAGUGGAGACAAGUAAAUUUAAAUAUCACAUCGGCAGGAGCUUCACCGAUAUGAGACAUUGCCAAUGGAAAAUCACCGCGCCCAAAAAUAAAACUGUAGUUUUAAGAUUAACCUCCUUAAAUCUUCCCUGCUAUCGACCAAUGGGUGUCUAUAAAUCGUUAACAGCUAACGCAGAAGACAGAUUGGCAGCACUAUGUGGCAACAUGGGCAACAGUCCACCAACUAUAUCGUCUCCAACCAAUCAAAUGUUAAUCAACUUUUACUACACCUACAAUUAUUUAUACUUUUCGGGUGAUAUAUACUUUACCUAUGGUCCUUCAAUGGGUUGUGGAGGAAAUAUAGACCUAAAAAGUGGCGAAACAAAAGUUAUACAAGCUCCUUCAGUACAAGAUACAGUGGACUGUCAAUGGGUUAUUUCAGUCCCCAUGUCCUACGUAGUCAAAAUUGAAUUUAACGAGGUUAACUUACCGACAUGUGAAAAAGCGACGAAUGCCACAGAUAAUUGCACAUGCGCUUUUCUUGAAGUGAGAAAUGGUGCAGGGUCAUUUUCCGAUCCAAUAGAAAAACUUUGUGGACAUUCCAGCAGUGAAAAUCUUCAAAGAAUAAUAUGGACAAACCUACAAUUUGCUCAUAUAAGAUAUUUCUCUAAGAAAAAUUCCAAUAACGCAUUUAAAAUAACUGUUACUCCCACAUUUACUGUAUGUGGUCAGUUAUUACUAAAUGCAACGAAUCAAACGCAAACGUUAACAUCGGCAUUUUAUCCGAAUCCAUAUCCAAAAAAUAUCAAAUGCAUUUGGUCGAUACAGGCUCCUAAACUACAAAGGAUCACUGUGCGAAUCGAAAAUUUGGACUUGAUCGACGAAAAUGGCAAGCACUUAACAAACAACGCAUGUAAACAGGAUAAGCUCAGCUUUGUAGACGAUUUAAGGGUGAAAGAAGAUGUUACGCAAGGUCUUGGUCCUGAUAUGACCUUUUAUGGAAGACGCCGAUAUUCUAGAUACAAUGCUAUUGAUGGAAGUUUUGAAUUCUGCGGUGUCGAUGAUAAACCCUAUGAGUUCUAUUCGCCAACCAACUCCUUAUCAGUUGUUUUUGAGUCUGGUAACAAUGAUAAUCAUGGAAAAGGUUUUAAAUUGUCUUAUUCCAUUGCCAAUUGCAAUCGAACUUACGAGAGUGAGCAGGGAAGACUUGUUAACUAUUUUUAUAAUAACUACAACACUUGCAUCACACACAUUGUGGCUCCUGAAAAUACCACAAUUUCCUUCUACUUUAAGGAAUUUAACUUCGGUGCUAAUAAUCCAAAAUGUGAACAACGUGGAAUGGAGAUAAGAGAUGGAAUUUCCGAAACAUCUCCAUCAAUUUUCAAAGCUUGCGGUUAUGCAGUACCUCCGCCAGUUUUCUCGACAACAAACAAGUUAUGGGUUAAAACAUGGGGAAAGGAAAAUUCGCGUAUGGGCUACGACAUAACCUAUACUUCGUCCGACAAAGGCCGUGGCUGCGGAGGUCAAUUGUACAAUGACAAGGGCGUAUUUACAAGUCCCAUGUAUCCAAACAUCUACAAGAAUAAUACGUUGUGUACAUGGAAUGUCAGGGUACCUUUAUCCUUGUAUGCCGCAGUAACUUUUAGAGUUUUUCAAAUAAAUGGAGACUGCACUGAAAACUAUCUUAAAGUAAUAACAUACUCCAAAGAUGUACCAUCUGAACAUUUGAUUUGUGGAUCGGACCCUCAUCCACCAACGUUCUAUUCUGAUCAUCAUUUGGAUGUAAUAUACCAGGCGUCAACAACUAAUACUGGGACUGGUUGGUUGGCUAUAUUUAGAGGAGUUUCAGAUAAUACCAAAAAGUAUUUUUAAAAAAGAACAAGAAAUAUUUAUUUAGUUUAAUAAAUAAUAA